GCUAAAUUCGCAUUGUAUGCUACGUUUUAAACGGCACGAUGUUGCUUGUCAUAAAAUGACACAUACUGUACAUACCACAUAUGCGGUAUAUCUGAUUAUCGUAAUCAUUGAAAUCGGCCCACGGUUUAUUUAUCUGCAGACCGGAACUCCAGUACUUAACACCACGAUGCCCAUCGGAGAUGUUAGACCUUGGCGCAGAAAUAGACUAUCAUGCUAAUAUUAGGAUUUACUGCAAUUGACUUUACGUGGAUAUUAUUAUCGUUGUUUUUCUUACUCGCAUUUUGCUUACAUGUGUUCCUUUCUCACACUUCCGCCAAAUGUGCGCAGUCUCGUGUGUGUGAGCUGUUCCAGGACCUGAUCAGAUACGGCAAAACCAAGAAUUCACAGCGCCCAUCCUAUGUGCGAAUGUGUGAUGUUCCCAAAAGAACACGAUGGUUUCCGCCCUUCAGAUGGUUCUCUCAUUUCUACGUGGUCUCGGUGGUGUGGAACGGCUUGUUGAUCACCGUGUCCCUGCAAACCGCUCUCCUGGGGCGAGACCUGCCGCUGUGGCUUAGCAACACGCUCGGGUUCCUGACCGACAGUUCCGCAGCGGCGUGGAAAGGGGUGCCUCUAUGCACGGUGGUAGCGCAGGUGCUGCUCUGGGCGCACUCUGUGCGGAGGCUGGUGGAAUGCACGCGGGUCAGUGUGUUCUCCAGGGGGGUCAUACACACCGUGCAGUAUGCCUUCGGCCUGGGCUACUACAUCCUCCUGGGCCUGACUCUGCUGUGUGUGAGGGGCCCACAGCAACACCAGGGGCCUCCAGUGCUGUGGGCUCUGGUCGGGGGCCUCCUGCUCUUCCUCUGGGCCUCUCUGCUCCAGCACCGCUGCCUCCUGCUGCUGGCACACCUGCGUACAGGUGAGGUGCAGACUCUGGAGCACGGGCUCCCGCGGGGAGGCUGGUUCGAGCGGGUAUCCUGUCCUCACUACUUUGCGGAGCUGCUGAUCUACCUGUCUGUGGGCGUGGUGUUGGGCGGCGGAGCACUCACCUGGUGGCUAGUGGUCCUGUACGUCCUGUUCAACCAGGCCCUGGCUGCCCAACUCUGCCACGAGUUCUACCACAGCACGUUCCAGCACUACCCCCGCCAGCGCAGGGCCUUCCUGCCCUUCCUGUUUUAAUGUGUGUCAAUAAUAUUCAUUACUGUUUUUGUAAUAAAAACAUUUGAGUAAA